AUGGCUGUAACUCGUUAUUCUCUCUUUUACAGCAUGGUGAAGCAGGCAGCUGGGUCGUCGUGGCCUAGGUCCGUUCUUUCUCUUUUUGUAGCCUUGAUCAUACUGCACUGGAGCAAUGGACAAGGACAAGCCAGUCUAGAUGGCGACUAUCCCGUUCACAUGCAGGCGACUCCUGUUCACGGCGGCUAUCCUGUUCAUGGCGAUUAUGACUAUUCUAUUCACAGCGUCUACGGAUUCUGUUCACGGGCGAUUGUUCUAGCUGUUCACAACAGUUUUCCUCCUGUUCUUUUAAAGUCUCCCUGUUGUGCAGAGGUUGCAGAGAACAGCUCUGUCGGAACACUGGUAUAUCAAAUCAAUGUAACAAACCGCGAUUCGAAUGACGUACUGACCUACACAUUGCCUGGCGGACAUGAGUACUUCGAAUUUAGAAACAGCAGCAACCGUGGGAUUAUCACGAUCAAACGUCAAGUGGAUCGAGAAAUACUUCUGAGCGACAUUGUGCAACUUAAAGUUGAAGUAUCUGAUGGCGUUCAUGAGCCUGUCACAGGUGAUGUUUGUGUCUUGAUUACUGAUGUGAAUGAUAAUGCUCCUAUUCCUGUGAAUGCACUUUACUCUGUAUCAUUACCCGAGGACAGCAACGUUGGCCGGACUAUUGUCAACGUUCGUGCUAAAGAUGCUGAUGAAGGAACAAACAGUCACGUUCAAUACAGAUUUAUAAAAGGCAACAAGGAUGGCCGCUUUUCUAUUUCUCCCUUCAGUGGCGAUAUCAAGCUUGAAACGUCACUAGACUAUGAGUCUCAGCCAAGGAGCUACGUGUUGACUGUUCAGACAUAUGAUUUGGGAAAGCCGUCUCUUUCUGCUACAGCUAAGGUUGACAUAAACGUUAUUAACAUCAAUGACAACAAACCACACUUUCAAAAAGACGUGUUUGUGGGAAAUCAAGAAGAAGGGACACCUACACACACUUCCAUAGUGAAGGUAAUAGCUACUGAUCUAGACAGUGGGAUUUUUGGCAAGCUGUCAUACUCGAUUGUUGGUGGAAAUGACGAUGGGCGAUUCUACAUAAACAACACAACAGGGGAUAUCAGUAAUGCGAAGGUCCUAGACCGGGAACAGCAGGAUUCGUACAACCUUAUCGUAGAAGUUACAGAUGGAGGACUAACUAAGUUGUGAGUAAGAUAUACAUACUGUUGCCUUGAUCCUUGCAUGUGAGUCAUGAAAUAUGUAGACAGUAGCGUCUGCUAAAAUGGUUUCUAGAGUAAUAUGUGCGGAAUGCAGCCGCGUAUAUUCAAGUGCUUGAGUGCGUAGGCUAAUGAUUUUUGAUGAUGUCUUAUUUAUGAUAAAUGU